UCCGGUUGGUUUUAGCCGGCAAUUAGCGGAACCUGUUGGCGUUGCCCGCUAGGUUUAGCAAGGCUGUAGGACACUAGUUGCUAAGCAAAGGUACCUUUGGUCAACUGCCACCUCGGCCGAGCCUACAGGAAUCCUUAGAUCCGUGGUUUCUUUAGACCCUGCCAUGCCUCAUAUCGACAAUGAUGUGAAGCUAGACUUCAAGGAUGUCCUGUUGAGGCCAAAACGAAGCACCCUUAAAUCUCGAAGUGAGGUGGAUCUCACAAGAUCCUUUUCAUUUCGGAACUCAAAGCAGACGUACACUGGUGUACCCGUUAUUGCUGCCAAUAUGGAUACUGUGGGCACCUUUGAGAUGGCAAAGGCUCUCUCUAAGUUUUCCCUCUUCACUGCUGUCCAUAAGCACUACAGCCUUGAUCAGUGGCAAGACUUUGCUAGCAAGAAUCCUGACUGCCUUGAGUAUCUGGCUGCCAGCUCAGGCACAGGCUCUUCUGAUUUUGAGCAGCUGGAACAGAUCCUAGAAGCUAUUCCCCAGGUGAAAUAUAUUUGCUUGGAUGUAGCAAAUGGCUAUUCUGAACAUUUUGUUGAAUUUGUAAAGGACGUACGGAAGCACUUCCCCCAACACACCAUCAUGGCAGGGAAUGUGGUAACAGGAGAGAUGGUGGAAGAGCUAAUCCUCUCUGGGGCUGACAUCAUCAAAGUGGGAAUUGGACCAGGUUCUGUGUGUACAACCCGGAAGAAAACGGGAGUAGGGUAUCCACAGCUCAGUGCAGUGAUGGAAUGUGCGGACGCUGCACAUGGCCUCAAAGGCCACAUCAUUUCAGAUGGAGGCUGCAGCUGCCCUGGGGAUGUGGCCAAGGCUUUUGGGGCAGGUGCUGACUUUGUGAUGCUGGGUGGCAUGCUGGCUGGACACAGUGAGUCAGGAGGUGAGCUCAUUGAGAGGGAUGGUAAGAAGUACAAGCUCUUCUAUGGAAUGAGUUCUGAAAUGGCCAUGAAGAAGUAUGCCGGUGGCGUGGCUGAGUACAGGGCCUCAGAGGGAAAGACAGUGGAAGUUCCCUUUAAAGGGGACGUAGAAUAUACUAUCCGUGACAUCCUAGGAGGGAUCCGGUCUACAUGUACCUAUGUGGGAGCAGCUAAGCUUAAAGAGUUGAGCCGGAGAACGACCUUCAUCCGAGUCACCCAGCAGGUGAAUCCAAUCUUCGGUGACACACACUAGAGCCAAGCAGUCCUGCUCUCUCAGGACAGCAGCACUCUACCACAUGGCCCUCCAAGUUGGGCUUGUUACCCAUUCCAACUAGUAUGGUAGUGUAUUACUUUAUUAGUUCCUAUCAGCUCAAUUCCUGCAGGCUCCUGCAUUAAUGCUAUAUUUCUCUGCAUACACACCCACUGGGAAGAAAGAAAACAAUCAGAAAAUAAAGACAAUCAAAUGGGAAUCAAGAGACUCAGCAUCUUGAAGAUUAUUAAGAGAAAAAAAGAUACUAAUUGAUAUAGAAAUGCUUUAACAUGGCCUUGGUCUGGAAAAGGCAGGCUUUUGUAAUCAUGUCUUCUUAAUCAUUUUCAUUAAAUGAGAUCUUCAAAUAUCUGAAAA